AUGAUUGUUUCAGAUGUUUCUCUUAUCCUUGACCAAGAAACCAAAGUUCUACUGAGGCAGACCAAGCUAAAUAAUUUCUUUCAUUCAGCUUUUCUGAAGUGCUUGUUGCCUGUGCAUAAAUGGAUGGUUCGCCACGUAUAUUUUCCCUGUAUAAGGUUUGGUAUACCAAAGGGUGCUUCUGCUUUGAUAGCUUUCCUGGUUUCUGCCGUCUUCCAUGAGUUAUGCAUUGCUGUUCCUUGCCGCAUGUUCAAGAUGUGGGCUUUUAUUGGAAUUAUGUUUCAGGUUCCUUUGGUCUUGAUCACUAAUUACCUGCAAAAUAAAUACAGAAACUCAAUGGUUGGAAAUAUGAUUUUUUGGUUCAUAUUUUGCAUUCUUGGUCAACCUAUGUGCGUACUACUAUACUAUCACGACUUGAUGAAUAGGAAAGGUGAAAUUGACUGA